ACUGCGCACGCGUGGAAAUAUGCCGCUUCGUUGUUUCUAAUCACGUCUGUUUAUUUUGUUUGUCGUGUCACAAUUGUCAUUAACCGACCGCAUUGAUUAUAAUUUGUUUUAUUCGUUGAACAAGUUGAUCGAAGUAUGGUUUACGGCAAUGAACACAAAACUGUUUUGCAAGCUAUUAUGCACGAAGGCGCUUUACAUGAAGGUACUGGACAAGAAUUAGUUAUCAGGUUAUUCGAUCAUAAUAAUACGGCGAAAGUAUUAAAUGAGAUAAACGCAAAAUUACGACCAUUAGACAUGACCAUAAAAUGCGUAAAUUGCGAAGUUACCGGUCAGUUGUAUUGGGUCUUUGCAAACACGGUAGAAGACAAAACCGCCCGCUUCCAGUCUGAAUUCUCACAGGCUGAGUUAGCUCUCUUACGUAAUGUAUAUUCUGAAAUUGUUACGAACAAUGGUUGUGUGUCAAGUACAUUUUGUCUUAAUUUAUGUUCAACAUUACAUAUAAAACUGUCUAAAACUGAUGCCGAACAAUUUUUACUGAAAAUGGUCAACAAAAAAUGGUUAUCCUCAAAGGAUGGUAAAUACUAUAUGGGAGUAAGAAGCAUAGCUGAGCUGCUACAAUAUUUUAAAGACACUUAUGACGACAGUCUUCAAAUUUGUACUUUAUGCAAGCAGGAACUUUUUUAUGGUAAAAGAUGUAAGAAAUGUGAUGCUACUACACACGUUUAUUGUUUCGAAAAUUAUACAAAGAAUGGUGGUUCAGGAUGUCCUAAUUGUCAUCAGCCUAUUUCAAUACGUGAUCAUUCUGAUAACAAUGCUAGUUGCAUGCACGAAUCACAGAUGGAAAUAGAUGACAUAGCCUAGUCAAAAGAGAUCAAAAUGAAGGACCUAAGGACUAAUAUAAAAUACUAUGUUUAAUUUGUUAUUUUGAAAUAAGAUAUAACAAAUGUUAUGAACUGAGAAGACUUAUGCGUUUAUUUUUCCAUAAAAUUAUGUUAAAUUACUACUUAUAUACAAUAAAAUUACAUUCAGUAUAAUACUA